AAUCAGAAGUCAAAUUGGCUCCCAGUUUAUCUUUCACUUCAUUCCGUGAAGCAGAGCCUGACACGAUUCUUUCAUUCUUCUUUCGCCUGCAGUGGUACUUGCGCGCCUUGCAACUUUUUGUGUGGUUGGGAAAGAUGGCGAUAGGCGUUCUUGCUUUACAGGGGUCUUUCAACGAACACAUUGCAGCGUUGAAAAGGGUUGGGGUGAAGGGGGAGCAGAUAAGGAAGCCGGAGCAGCUGCAAAACGUGAGCGCCCUCAUUAUCCCUGGCGGGGAGAGCACCACCAUGGCCAAGCUGGCUGAAUAUCAUAACCUCUUUCCAGCGUUGCGGGAAUUUGUAAAAAUGGGCAAACCAGUUUGGGGAACCUGUGCUGGCCUUAUCUUUCUGGCCGACAAGGCAAUUGGGCAGAAAACUGGCGGACAGGAACUUAUUGGUGGCCUUAAUUGUACAGUUCAUCGAAACUUCUUUGGCAGUCAGAUUCAAAGCUUUGAGGCUGAGAUAUCUGUUCCUGAGAUUGUGGCCAAAGAAGGAGGUCCUCCAAGCUUCCGUGGUGUGUUUAUUCGUGCCCCUGGAAUUCUUGAAGUAGGUCCAGAAGUACAGGUUUUAGCAGAAGUUCCUGUUCCAUCUGAUAAAGCUGCUAAAUCUGAUCCUGCUGUUGAAAAUGUAGAGGAAAAUGCUGCAUCUGAACAAAAAGUUAUUGUUGCUGUAAAGCAGGGAAACUUGCUAGCAACUGCUUUUCACCCAGAAUUAACCGCAGACACCCGAUGGCAUAGUUAUUUCUUGAAGAUGCUGACUGAGAUCAACCAAGAAGCGUCAAGCAGCACCUCCUUAUCUUCGGAGGAUCUAAGCUUCUCUGAGCCGCCUAAGUAUGAUCUCCCAAUAUUUCAACAGUAAUAAAGGAAAAAGAUGGACAAGUGUAUAAAAUGGAUCAGAUGGUAGGCUACUUAGUUUCAUAUAAUCUCGACCAGCAUGUGUGCUUGCAUUAUGGACUGCAGUUCCAUUCUGGCAGAUCUUCAAUACCUCCAAGUCGGUCCACAUCUUACAAAAUUCUUUGCACUAGUGACAUGUUCCAAAAGUGUAUAUCCUUUGUACAUAGUUUAAUACCUUACAGUUCUAUGCUCUUCUGCAUUAUUGUAUGGUCGAAGUAGUUUAAUGGUUGAUUUAUGUCGAUCCUUAAUGUUGACUAUUUGGUCACAUGAUAAAAACUGUAUUGUCCCGCAAAUAUAUCAUCUGCAUAAUCUGUUUAUUUGGUUCAGAUAUGGUAUUUGGUUGGAUGGA